AUGACUCUCAGCGCGGCUUCGGUUUAUCUCGCGACCCUUGUCACGCUGUAUGAGAUUCAGCCUGUCCAGCGUUGCGAGAGUCAGCCUUUUCCGGAGGCGAAUGAUAAAGUGCGGAUGCUGGGUAUCAUCUCUCCAGAACCGGGGUUGCCACGUUCAGACCACUAUCAAAUCACUUAUCUUCUCAGUGUGACGAUGAGCAGCAUCCAGACCAAGUAG